AUGGAAUUUAAACCUAAGAAAAAUAUUCUACUUUUGUAUCCAGACACUUUCGAUCAUGUCAAACAAAGUAUCAAUCUUGGGAAAGCAGGUGAAAUGGAAGACGCAAUUAAAACUCUUAAAGAGUGGGUUUAUAAACAACCGCAUUUUAAGAGAAAAGAUUUUUGUGACAGCCUCCUGCAGUCAGCCAUUAUCGCCUCGAAAGGUUCCAUAGAGGCUUCUAAGCAGAAGAUAGACAGGAUUUGCACGCUUCGGACACUAAUGCCAGACACGUUCAAAUGCUUUGAUGCAAGGAAAGACUUUGAGCAUGUCUUUCGUAAUAUACAAAUAACCGUUCUACCGCGGCUUACGAAGGAACACUAUCGUAUAUUUACCGUCAAAGUAAAUGGAUCUGUGGAAUCCUCACAAGUGACUGAUGCUAUGAAAUAUACUUUGCUGAUCGGAGAUUAUAUGAAAGCGUGCGAUUGUAUAGCGGAAUUCGUCGCUGUUUUCGAUUUAUCAGAAGUGAAUAGUAUGGUGGAUUUAAUAACGAGCUUGAAUGUUGUGCACUUGAGGAAUAGCUUAACAGUUUGUUUUGAAGGCCAUGGUUUGAGAUUGAAGGGCCUCUACUUCAUAACAACAUCAAGAGUCAUAGACACCUUGAUUACGAUCCUGAAGCAAUUACUUAAACCGAAGAUAAUUCAGAGGAUAAAAAUCUUCAAGAGCUGGGAUGAUGUUCACGAUACGAUUGGGAAGGAUGUACUCCCGGUGGACUUUGGUGGUUAUGAGAAGUCGGAGCAAGAGGUUCACGAUGAAUGGAUUAACGCUUUAUGCGAUGAAGACUUCAGAAAAUACCUGAAAGAAUUAAAUUCAGCUACAGUAGACGAAUCGAGCAGACCGUCGUGCAAGUUUAUUGAAGAGUACGCGGGGAUGCCGGGGACCUUUAGACUAUUAAGCGUAGAUUAG